UUCAUCACAGGAAGCACCCGGAUGGAGGCUCCCCAGAAACCCAGGCCCGGAGCAGAGGCCCCCUCCUUGCUGAGGUCCUACAGGUGGCAGACAGUUCCACGACAUGGCGAGAGGGAGCCAGAGCUGGGUUCUAACCAUCACAGCUCAGAGAGCAGCAAGUGCCGGGGCAAGCUGCAGAAAUGGAAGCGAGUCCAAAGCCAGACAGAAAGUGAACUUCCUCUGCCUAGCCGUGAACAGCCGCCACCAGUGGCCCACCAAGACAACCGAGCUGCUACCAAGAGGUCUGUGUUCCAGAGGGCUUUCUCUACCCCUGCCAAGAUGACGAAGGGCCGGGACGGAAGCAGUAAGCUGAGUCUAAGGAAGUACCUACGCUCCAUGUCCAGCCGGAGGAACCAGGAGGGUACCCCCCGGUCAGAAAGGGAGACCAAGGAAGCAAGCAAAGGUGACGAUUCUGCUGUCCAGUUGUCUCGAUUGGCUCCUGGUGUGUCUCCUGAUGCUCCCCUCUGGGACGUGGCCAAUGUGUCUCUGCUGGAUCGACAAUUAGUGACCCUUGGCAGGGAUGAGGAGGAUCUGCUCCAGAACCGGAAACGGACCAGCAGUUCUGUUUCAGAGAUGUCCAGCGAGGGACGAAGUUUUCUGGACUCACAAGCCCCUGAAAAAAGGCCUGUCCAGGAGGCUUCUAACGGGACACAGCUCAGCAACGUGAAGGGUCUGCUGUGGAGACGCAUCAGGGACCGGAAAGGGCGGAACCACGCCAAGACUGACUCCUCCGCCAGGCCGGCUGUGAAUGGCAACAGGGAGGCCCUGUCUGGUCCGUCUGUUCUCCUCAACUUGGCCAAUGAGAAGGAUGCCUUAAUCCGCCCCCUUCAUGGCAGUCUUCUGGGAGAACGGUUCUGCUUUGAGGUGCUGAGCGCUGAGGGGCGGUGCUGCUUCCGCUGCUCAUCUGCCUCUGAGAGGACCCGCUGGAUGGACGACUUGCGCCGACUUGUCCAGCCCAGUAUGGACAACUGUGAACGGACUGAACGUGCGCUGAGCCUUUGGGUGUACGAAGCCCGGGACCUGCCUCCCAAGAAGCACUAUCUCUGUGAGCUGCGACUGGAUGGGGCCCUGUACGCCCGCAGCACACGCAAGCAAGCCAGCUCCACUGGCACUAUCUUCUGGGGGGAGCACUUUGACCUGAAGACUCUGCCCCCAGCCGUGGAACUGCAGGUCUGCCUGGUGCAGGAGGAGGAGGGGCAGAGGCAAAAGGACGGCCCCGUUGCCAGCAUGGCCGUUCCCCUGAAGGACCUGGCGGCUGUGCGCCAGCCCUUGGAGAGAUGGCACCCCCUGGGCAGGGACAGGCCAAAUGUGCCCACCCUCCGGCUGCGGGGGCGCUACUGCAACAUCCGCGUGCUGCCCAUCGUGCAAUACAAAGAGUUUGCCGAGUACCUCACCUUCCACUAUCGGGAGCUGUGUGCUGGGUUAGAGCACAGCCUCAGCACCAGGGACAAGGAGGAGCUGACCGGCGUCCUGGUGCGCGUGUUGCAAAGCACAGGCAAAGCCAAGGACUUUCUCAUUGACUUGGGUGUGGCAGAACUGGACCGUUUUGAUGAGCGGGAAGCAUUGAUUUUCCGUGAGAACACGCUUGCCACCAAGGCGAUUGAUGAAUAUAUGAAACUCGUGGGAGGCCCAUACCUCUUGGCCACGCUGAGUGAUGUUGUGUCCCGUCCACACUCUUUGGAUGAGAGCUGUGAAGUGGACCCCAGCAAAUGUGCACCCUGUGACCUGGCUGACAACCGCAGCAACUUACAGCAUAUCUGUGAAGAGGUCUUCCAGAGGAUUGCUGUGUCCAGCCACUCUUUCCCAGCCGAGCUGAGCGAGGUCUUCACUGCCUGGCAGGAGGCGUGCCAGUUUCGGGGCAAGGCAGGCAUUGGCCAGCGGCUCAUCUCCGCAUCGCUCUUCUUGCGCUUCCUCUGCCCAGCCAUCAUGUCCCCCAGCCUCUUUGGCCUCACUCAAGAAUACCCGGACGACACCACCUCCCGCACCCUCACCCUGGUAGCCAAGGUCAUCCAGAAUCUGGCAAACUUUACCACCUUUGGGGAGAAGGAGGCUUAUAUGAGCUUCAUGAAUGCAUUCCUGGAGCGCAACUGGGGCACCAUGAAGUCAUUUCUCAGCAGCGUCUCGAGCCCUGGCGGCGCCCUCCACUUGGCUGCCUACGACGACUCCAUCGACCUCGCUCUGGAAUUGUCCGUCCUGCACUCCCUGCUCUGCAACAUCUUCUCCUCCCUGGACGAGGGGAGCCAGGCGAGACUGGAGCCGCUGCCCACGAUCCUCCGUGCCAUCCAAGAGGGGACGCCGGUGCCCGUCUCCGUGAGACUUGGGCCCAACACAGAGGAGAGACAGUCAGAAAACCAGAAGCCAGGAUUUGUGCCGCCGCGGGAGCUGGACAAACACAGCCCUCUGAUCAAGAGCCAGUCCAUGACCAGCAUCCAGAAGGGCCGAGGCAAAGACGAGCCACUGGCCCCUUUGCAGUCUGCCAAAACCAGGAGCAAAGUGCAUCGCACCCAGAGCGUCCCCACCCAGAGCAAGGCAGCCCGACGUCUCCACAAGCAGAGCAGCACGGAGCAUGUGGCCGACAGCCAGGAGAGCAGUCCUCAGCCGUGCACUUCGUACCCCUACGGUGGCAGCGGCAGCGGCAGCAGCAAACCCCCCCAGGGGUAUUCAAAGCUCCGCCCAUCUGCAUCACUGCCCCGGAAACCCACCGUGCCCUGGCUACGACACUCUGAGGAGGCUGCUGCAGCGCAAAGUGGCCUGUACGCCACGCAGCCACUGGAACAGUAUGGGAAGCAGAUGGAGGAGCUGCAGGCCGAGCUGACCAGAACCAGGGAGAAGCAGCAAUUCCUGCAGGAACAGCUGGAGAGACAGAAUACCCAGAAUCAAACGCUCAUGGAAGAGCAGACCAAGUUCCAGGAGCGAGAAAAGGCUCUCUGCCAGAAGCUGGAGGAGACGGAGAGCUGCCUUGUGCAGCUGAGCAGCAGGGUGUCAGGUGUAGAAGCCAGCUGGAAGAAGGAUCAUGAGAAGCUUCGAGCCAGUGAAGAGAAGACCAAAAAUCUGGAGUGCCGCCUGUUCAGAAUGGAGAAGGACCACGACCAGCUUCUCCGUGCUGUCAGCCAUAUGCUGGGCUACCGAGGAAAUCCUUCCAAUUCACUGCAGCGACAGCUCUCGGGGCCCGUGUGGGUGAACAGGACUGAGAACAGGGAUGAGGCCUAGCCCAGAUUCCUCUGUAUUCCCGAAUGCAAAGCAGGCACAUCCGUGACAGACCCUGCCUAAAACUCUCCCCUCGGACAGAAGAGCCACAAAUGUCUUGCAGAGGCCUCAAGCGACACGAACAU